AUGUUCAGAGGGAGUUUUACGAACAAAUGGAUUGUUGUUACUACUAUCAACUAUCCAACAGAAGACAUAAAGCGUCUUGCCAAGAUUCCCGGCUGGUCUUUGGUGGUGGUCGGCGAUACUAAAACACCAUCUAACUGGUCGUUAGAAGGCGUUCAUUUCCUUAGUCUCCACGAUCAACGACGUUUAGGUUAUAGCAUCGAAAAGGACAUGCCGUACAAAUCCUAUACAAGGAAAAACAUUGGAUACCUAUACGCUAUAGAGAACGGCGCACAAUGGAUUUAUGAUACGGACGAUGACAACAAGCCUUAUGGUAUACUUCUUUCUCUUUUGAGGGAAGGGAGGGCGAACCAUACCAAUGAUCGCGACCAAUUCUGCCUAUGUCACAAAAUGCGUACGGCUGCAGUACAGCAAGGUCUCGUACACAACGAUCCUGACGUCGAUGCUGUAUUCAGGUAUGCACAAGCUACUAAUGCUGACAAACGAAGCGGUCUUAACGAGGAAUUCAGCAGAAUGGCACCGCCGAUAGUGCUCGAAGCAGAAGUCACAGGAAAAUCUUGA